GAGACAGAGCGAGUACUGUUAAGCUCGAGCCGGCGGCGGCUACGAGCAGCAGCAGCAUCAUCAUCAGCAGCAGGAGCAGCAGCAUCAUCAGCAGCAGCAGCAUCAUCAUCAGCAGCAUCAUCAGCAGCAGCAUCAUCAGAAUCAUCAUCAGCAGCAUCAUCAACAUCAGCAUCAUCAGCAGCAGCAGCAUCAUCAUCAUGGCCACGUGGACGCUGUGCUUGGGCAGCAGGACCAGCUUGAUCUCCAUGGCCGGCAUCCGCUACGAGGGCACCCUGAGCGGGGUCAACACGGACGACUGCACCGUCGCCUUGGCCAAAGUGCGUGUGUGCGGCACGGAGGGUCGCCCCGCCGAGCGAGCCGUCGCCCCUCGCGAGGAGAUCUACGACUACAUCAUCUUCCGUGCCAGCGAGAUCAAGGACCUGGCGGAGUUGGGGUGCCCGCUCUCCGCUCUGCACCCCCACCUGGCCGUCGUGCAGUCCUCCUCGUCACGGGGCGCCCGCCCCCUGCGGGACACGCAGCACGGAGCCCGCGGCGGCCACGGGGGCGGCACGCGCGGAGCCCGCCGGCUCGUGCGGGACACGGCGGACGGGCGGCGGCCUGCACACGGAGGAGCCACAGCCGCGAGGAAGAGCGCCACGGUGGAGCGGGGGGUGCAGACGUCCCCCCAGCGUCAGCAGCGACGGUGUCGGAGCACGAAGCGGAUUGCCGCCCAGACUCCCCGUGGGGCCCCGGAGCCGUGCGUUGAGUUGGACGCGGAGUUUGACUUUGCGAGCGCCAACGCGAAGUUGGACCGCGAGGCGCUGGACAGGGAGUUCCGGGGCAGGGAGGCCAAGCGGAGAGAAGCGGACAAGCUGAGGGGUCCCCGCACGAGCUCCCCCGUCUUCCUGGACGGCUGCUUCUACGACAAAACCAGGAGCUUCUUUGACAACAUUUCCAAAGACGGCGGGAGGAACUGCCGCGUGACGUUGGCGGAGCAGCGGCGCCUGAACGUGGCGACGUUCGGGGCGGACCUCCCCUCCUCUGGCCGAGGUGCAGCCUAGACAGGUGACGACCACGGU